CACACAGAUACAGAGCAACAUGUCUCAGCUCACACAGAUGCAGAGCAACAUGUCUCAUCUUACAGAGACGCAGAGCAAUAUGUCUCAUCUGCAGGGAAUAUGGAACUGCAUCCUACAGUACGAGACCUUGUUAAGGUCUCCACUUUUUCCUGCACUGUUUUCACUGACGGUCUACUUAGGUUUCUGUUUACCUUUCGUGGUUCUGGACCUCCUGUCCUCCAGAGUAGACCUGGUGAGGAGAUACAAAAUCCAGCAGAAACCUGUGACCUUGAGGAUGAUGUGGACCUGUCUGGCUCUCUCCCUCUACAAUCACAUGGUGUACAUCUUCCCACUGAGCGUGCUGCAUUGGUACUGGAGACCUGUCAUCUACCCAGCGGAAGCUCCCAGUUUUCUCGAAGUCAUUGGACACUUGGUGAGCUGUUUGCUGCUCUUCGAUUUCCAGUAUUUCAUCUGGCAUUUGCUGCAUCACAAAGUGCCAUGGCUUUACCGCACAUUCCACAAGGUGCACCAUAGGCACACAUCCACCUUCGCUCUCACUACAGAGUACUCGGGUGCUUUUGAGACUCUCUCACUCGGGCUGUUCGCAUCAGUGAACCCCAUGCUUCUGGGCUGCCACCCAUUCACCGAGAUGCUCUUUCAUAUCUUGAACAUGUGGCUGUCGGUCGAGGACCACUGUGGGUAUGAUCUGCCCUGGGCCACUCAUAGACUUGUUCCUUUUGGACUGUAUGGAGGUGCUCCACAUCAUGACCUUCAUCACCAGAAGUUCAAGGCCAACUACGCUCCAUACUUUACACACUGGGACAAGCUGUUUGGGACACUUCACUCAGAGUGAAGAGGCAAAGAAGGACCCUCAGAAAGACUAUCAUCUCAAAGACUUUUAUUGUUAUUGGAUUCUGUGAAUCUACAAAACCACUAAAUAUUAUUAUACUUAAUAUCAUUAACAUAAAUCAGAUACAUGUUAAGCUAUUUAUUUAAAUUAAGUUAUGAAUUUCAAUGUGUGAUUGUUUGUGAGUUUUUAUAUUUUUGUAAAUAUUUAACUGCUAUUUAUGAAGUCUAACUUAUAUGAAUUGUUGUGCUUGUUGAUCAAGAACAAUA